AUGGAUGAUAGAAAGGGGGACAAAAACGAGCAAGCGUACAAGGACACAGCGACUCCGCUGCCUGUGGAUCCGCCCUCCUACGAGGAGACGAUGAAGCACGACAAGGAAGAGGUCGAGGUGGACAAGACGGCUUCUUCAGUGCAUGAGAACGGAUCUAUGAGGCCGGUGUACACUCACCAUCCGCAUCCCAAGUCCCGCAAGGGCUAUCCUGGUGCGCAGACUCUCACGUAUGCUUCCCACUAG